GUCACGAUACCUUGUAUAAACCCGUCUGUGACGUCAAAUUCUUGUUGCUAAGCUGUUUAGCAAUCGGUCAAGGCGGAGAUGAUGGGUCUCUCCCCUAAAACUUACAUUUUAUACUAAAUCUCAGAUUACCACUAUGGAUAUCAAGUUAUUCUUGAUAUUUGUGGUAAUACUGAGCGCCAUGCACCAAGGUCCUGCUGCUUACCGAGACCUUACGUGUGUGGAGCCGGAACCAGGAUAUAUCCGGAGAAUGUUUUAUUAUUUUUCCGCAAGAGAAGUUGAGAGAAUUUGCCCAGCGCGAGCCGAUCUGUUGCGGCGAAUCGGGAACGAGGUAUUCUGUAACCUCCUGUGCGUCCUUAUAACCUUACUGCUCGGUCAUGCGCCGUCGAUCAGAAACAGUGCCAGAGAGAGAUGGACAGCCAUGAUUUCCAGUUUACGAGAAUGGAGAGCUCGUCCUUCCAAAUGUCGCCACUGUGGGACGGUUCCCUGUCAGGCGAAACGAAGAUUAUUAUGGAUGCCCUCCAGAUCCCGUAAGAGGAACAAGGCCAACCUCUCUGAGCGGUCAAAGGUCAUGUUGUUGUUUAGCUAUGGCCUCGAGUUGUCCGUACAGUUGACAAAAGAACUGCCCCAGGAUGGCCUUUACUGGAAAAGAAAAUUCUGCAAUCCAUUUGAGGAGAAACACAUGGCUCUAUUCCCACUGUGUAUCCAGCGGCAAAUCAACAUCUGGUUCCCUCUCCCUCGCUAGGUUCGGCGUGUAGAGAAGAAUGCCGACGAUGGAUUAGAAGUUGAGGCAGUGAAGUCAUCGAUGCAUCACUUUGGAUUUUGUUGUUUUUGCUGUUUUCAAGAUCAGUUCCGAUAGAAUCGGUCUGGACCCGCGAUUUUUUGUUUGUUUGUUAUAUUGGUCAAAUCUUCCUUUGUCCACCUUGACCAUUGAUUGUCUUAUACAAAAAUAUACCAAAUUCUUGACCAUUAAAUAUAUGUUGCUAUUGGUCACUAGCGUUGUAUUAAUAAAUCAUGUUA